UCCACCCCUGCCGCGGUGACGACAGACACGAGGAGAGGAGAGGAGAGAAGGGAAGCGAUGCGGGGCACGUCGUCGGCUCGAAAAGCUCACCGGCCCCGUCACGUGCGCGCCCGCAGCGCACACCUCGUGCCGCCCCCGUAAAUAAACUCGCUCGCGGCGACGAGCUCUGCAGCAACUAUUUGGACGGACGGAAGGACCGUUGGUCGGCUCCCGUUCGUCAACACACUGAUAAGCUCGCGCCGAAGAAGAGGGGCGACGGCGGUCUCGAGCUCUCCACCCCCAGCGGCGGCGGCUACCGAGGUCAACACUGGCACCAUCGCUUGGACUAGAAAGGGCUGCAAACACCAUAGCUCAUCUGAUCCACAAGGAAGUGCAGCAGUACAUCAGUAGAGAUCCAUCGCGCAGAUGGGUUCCUUCACAGGUUCUUCUUGGGUGAUGAGCUUGUGUGGGAGCCCAAUAUGCUCCCACCAAGAUGUGGCCUCAUGUACGUUCAAGGAGAUAUUCGACGCCUCCACCUGCAUGAAUCAUCUAGCGGCGACCGGCAUCGUCGCGCUGCUCCUGUUCGCGCUCGCGCUCCAGCUGUUUGUGAAAAUUCCAAAGAGGAGAGCAUCGGCGCGGCAGCUCGUCACGCUCAGCUCACCGCUGCACUCGUCUGCUGUGGUGUUCAGUGGCACCCUGGGUUUGGUUUAUCUUGGGCUUGGACUGUGGAUGCUGGGGAGUGGCUUCAGUCAGGAUGAUUCUGCUUAUCUUCCACACUGGUGGCUUGUGACAGUAUGUCAGGGGUUGAAUUUGAUCCUCACCAGCUUCGCUUUCAGCAUCAGGCCUCGGUUUCUUGGGGCUGCAUUUGUUCAAUUUUGGCCGGUCUUGCUGACCGUCUAUGCGGCAUUCAUCUGUUCUUCUUCGGUCGUUGAUAUUGUUGCAGAGAAGGCGCUGACUGUGAAGGCCUGUUUAGAUAUUUUGUCCCUACCAGGUGCAGUUCUCAUGCUUAUUUACGGCAUUCGGCACAGCCAUCAUGAAGAGGGUCACGGAGGAAGUGGCAAUGGUUUAUACAAGCCCCUGAACACGGAGGCAGACAGUGAGGUAGCUGAUUCUGACAGUCAGGUAACCCCCUUUGCUAAAGCUGGUUUUUUCAGCCGGAUGUCGUUUUGGUGGUUGAAUCCUCUGAUGAAGAUGGGCUAUGAGAAGCCACUUGAGGACAAUGACAUGCCGCUUUUAGGCGCCACAGAUCGAGCACAGAACCAGUACUUGAUGUUCAUGGAGAAGCUGAACCGCGAAAAGCAGUCGCCAUCGCACGCCACACCAUCAUUCUUCUGGACCAUUGUUUCUUGUCACAAGCGUGCCAUCUUGGUCUCGGGUUUCUGUGCUUUGCUCAAGGUUCUCACCUUAUCUACUGGCCCAAUGCUUCUCAAGGCAUUCAUCAAUGUAUCGCUUGGGAAAGGGUCCUUUAAAUAUGAAGGCUUUGUGCUUGCUGCGGUAAUGUUCGUCUGCAAAUUCUGUGAAUCGUUGUCACAGAGACAGUGGUAUUUUCGCACUCGGAGAUUAGGAUUGCAGGUGAGGUCAUUCCUGUCGGCAGCUAUUUAUAAGAAACAGCAGAAGCUAUCAAAUGCAGCAAAAAUGAAGCACUCUUCUGGAGAAAUCAUGAACUAUGUGACUGUCGAUGCCUACCGGAUUGGGGAAUUCCCGUACUGGUUCCAUCAAACAUGGACAACAAGUGUUCAACUUUGCAUUGCUCUGGCAAUUCUAUACAAUGCGGUCGGCGCUGCAAUGCUUUCAUCAUUAGUUGUAAUCAUCAUCACAGUGCUUUGCAAUGCGCCAUUGGCCAAACUGCAACACAAAUACCAGAGUAAGCUUAUGGAAGCACAAGAUGUGAGAUUGAAGGCCAUGACCGAGUCACUAGUUCAUAUGAAGGUCUUGAAACUUUAUGCAUGGGAAGCUCACUUCAAGAAGGUCAUUGAGGGGUUGAGAGAGGUUGAGUACAAGUGGUUGACAGCAUUCCAGCUUAGGAGGGCAUACAACAGUUUCCUGUUCUGGUCAUCACCUGUUCUGGUUUCGGCAGCGACCUUUCUAACAUGCUAUCUUCUGAAAAUUCCUCUUGAUGCUAGCAAUGUCUUCACCUUCGUGGCAACUCUACGUCUCGUGCAAGACCCAAUCAGGCAAAUACCAGAUGUUAUUGGCGUCGUGAUCCAAGCUAAGGUCGCGUUCACUCGGAUAUUGAAGUUCCUUGAUGCUCCUGAGCUAAACGGGCAAGCUAGAAAGAAAUACUAUUUUGGCAUUGAUUACCCUAUAGCGAUGAAUUCGUGCAGUUUCUCAUGGGACGAGAAUCCAUUAAAACCAACUCUGAAGAAUAUAAAUCUGGCAGUCAAAGUUGGAGAAAAAGUUGCCAUUUGUGGAGAGGUAGGAUCAGGAAAGUCCACGCUUUUGGCUGCUGUACUCGGAGAGGUCCCCAAGACUGAAGGCACGAUCCAAGUCUGUGGGAAAAUGGCAUAUAUUUCUCAGAAUGCAUGGAUCCAAACAGGAACCGUGCAAGACAAUAUUCUCUUUGGAUCGCCGAUGGACAGGGAAAGGUAUCACAACACACUCGUGAGGUGCUCGUUGGUCAAGGACCUAGAAAUGUUGCCAUAUGGAGAUUGUACUCAAAUUGGGGAGAGAGGAGUAAACCUUAGUGGUGGUCAGAAGCAGCGCGUCCAGCUUGCUCGUGCACUAUACCAAAAUGCAGAUAUCUAUCUUCUUGAUGAUCCUUUCAGUGCUGUUGAUGCUCAUACAGCCACAAGUCUCUUCAAUGAAUAUGUCAUGAGCGCGCUAUCGGACAAGACUGUUCUCUUGGUGACGCACCAAGUGGAUUUUCUACCCGUAUUUGACUCCAUUUUGUUAAUGUCAGAUGGAGAGGUUAUUCGGUCUGCACCUUAUCAAGAUUUAUUGGCAGAUUGUGAAGAAUUUAAAGACCUUGUAAAUGCCCAUAAAGACACUAUUGGUGUUUCCAAUGUUAAUAACAAUAUACCCACUCGAAGAUCUAAGGAAGUAUCAGUAAAGGAGACAGAUGGUAUUCAUACAGAAUCUGUGAAGCCAUCACCGGCAGAUCAGCUGAUCAAGAAAGAGGAAAGAGAAACAGGGGAUGCAGGUGUUAAGCCUUAUAUGCUUUACCUGUGCCAGAACAAAGGCCUCCUGUAUUUCUCUUUUUGUAUUAUUUCUCACAUAAUUUUCGUAGCUGGGCAAAUAUCACAGAAUUCAUGGAUGGCUGCUAAUGUCCAAAAUCCUCAUGUUAGUACGCUGAAGUUAAUUUCUGUGUACAUUAUUAUCGGAGUUUGCACAGUGUUCUUCUUGUUAUCAAGAUCUUUGGCAGUCGUUGUUCUUGGGAUCCAGACAUCACGAUCCUUAUUUUCCCAGCUACUCAAUUCAUUAUUCCGUGCACCGAUGUCCUUUUUUGAUUCUACUCCUCUUGGAAGGGUUCUUAGCCGGGUCUCUUCAGAUUUGAGUAUCGUUGACCUUGAUGUUCCAUUCGCCUUCGUAUUUAGCCUUGGUGCCAGCUUAAACGCAUAUAGCAAUCUAGGGGUACUGGCUGUUGUUACAUGGCAAGUUCUGUUUGUAUCUGUGCCAAUGAUAGUUUUGGCAAUUAGGCUGCAGAGGUACUACCUAGCCUCGGCCAAGGAAUUGAUGCGGAUCAAUGGUACCACCAAGUCUGCUCUAGCGAAUCACUUAGGUGAAUCGAUUGCAGGGGCUAUAACCAUAAGGGCCUUUGAGGAAGAAGAUCGUUUCUUUGCUAAAAAUUUGGACCUUGUUGACAAGAAUGCCAGCCCAUAUUUCUAUAAUUUUGCAUCAACUGAAUGGUUGAUUCAACGUCUGGAGAUAAUGAGCGCCGCAGUUCUUUCUUUUUCUGCCUUUGUCAUGGCCCUUCUUCCUCAAGGAACUUUUAGUCCUGGUUUUGUGGGAAUGGCAUUGUCCUAUGGUCUUUCCCUAAAUAUGUCAUUUGUUUUCUCUAUUCAAAACCAAUGCAACCUGGCAAAUCAAAUAAUCUCAGUGGAACGGGUGAACCAGUACAUGGACAUACAAAGUGAAGCAGCAGAAGUCGUUGAGGAAAAUCGACCAUCACCAGAUUGGCCCCAGGAUGGUAAUGUGGAGCUUAGAGAUUUGAAGAUAAGGUAUAGGAAAGAUGCUCCCCUUGUACUACAUGGAAUCACUUGCAGGUUUGAAGCUGGAAAUAAGAUUGGUAUAGUUGGUCGAACGGGAAGUGGCAAGACAACAUUAAUUGGUGCAUUGUUUCGUCUUGUUGAACCCGCCGAAGGGAAAAUAAUUAUAGACUCUGUGGACAUCAGUACAAUAGGCUUACAUGACCUGCGUUCGCGUUUGGGCAUCAUUCCGCAAGAUCCAACACUUUUUCAGGGUACAGUAAGAUACAAUCUAGAUCCUCUUGGGCAAUUCUCAGAUCAACAAAUAUGGGAGGUUCUUGACAAAUGUCAACUUCUUGAAGCUGUCCAGGAGAAGGAACAAGGAUUGGAUUCACAUGUUGUGGAAGACGGGUCAAACUGGAGUAUGGGUCAAAGGCAGCUCUUUUGUCUGGGACGUGCACUUUUGAGAAGAUGCCGCAUCUUAGUUCUGGAUGAAGCGACAGCCUCUAUUGACAAUGCAACAGAUGCUGUCCUUCAGAAAACGAUCCGGACAGAAUUCAAAUAUUGCACCGUUAUUACAGUUGCACACCGUAUACCGACAGUUAUGGACUGCGAUAUGGUACUUGCAAUGAGCGACGGGAGAGUAGUGGAGUAUGACAAACCUACAAAGCUCAUGGAAACUGAAGGAUCUCUCUUCCACAAACUGGUCAAUGAGUACUGGUCAUACACAUCGAACGGAAAUAUUUAGAAGAGACUGUCAAUUUUGAUUGCUUACUUGCUGCAGCUUUCAAAGAAAUAAAAGAUAAAUCAGCUUCUACAAAAAUAGCGCCACGACUGAAGAUACACAGUAAUCUAUGCUACCUCAGAGGAAUUCAUCUGUUUGGAAUGAAGAAAGACAGUACUAUCUGUCUGUUAUUGUCUGGAAAUUCUUUUACCAGAAAUUCUGUGCAAUACACGGUGGGCUGCCUCUGCCCUUCAGUAUUGGUGAAGCUGAACAGAGUAAACCCCUGAAGAUAUAGUAGAAGGCUGAACAGAGCAAACUUCCGCAUACGAUGCGAUUUCAGCAUGUGUGUUUGCUGACAGUGUUAUGGUCGAGCCUUCAGUUCCGCGUCAUUUACAGUAGCUUGGUAAGUUUAUGCUUAGUGCAUUGACUUUAUAAAUGAGAUUUCAGACUAUGCAAUGUCAAUAGAUGCGAUUGGUUCCCAUUGUCGACGUAUUUCUCCAGUGGAAAGCAGCUUGCAUUUGUCGUAUUGCAAUGUAUAUACAAAGUGUUUGUAUUUGCUCACAUGGAUUGGGUUGUUGGUGCAUAUGUUCACGGAAUGAAUCACUCUGGCUGGAUGCACCAUGUCUAAAUAUUUUUGUUGGACGUAAA